CUACAUUUUUAUUUCAUACACAACCCCAUUCAAACAUAUAGUAGGAUGAGUGCCCCAAGAAACGAAACAACAACCCUUAAUUACGCUAAAUGGCUUCCAAUCUACGAGAAAGAAGUCCCGUAUCAGAUCAUCAGCGCAUUUGCGGGAAAUUAUAAGAAAACAAACCUGGAACUUGGGCCAGCUCCAUGCCCCGAAGUCAUCCAUGACAUGUGUGGCAUGGAGUCUAACUUCACCGCCGACAGUCAUGGUUUCCAAGUUUGUCACCAAGAGACGACAAUUCAGAAUUGGACAAAUAGAGAAGUUGUCGAGUCGCAAUACUUUGCAGAGAUGGAAAGUCUAUUGAAAAAAGAACCGGAUGAUGUAGAUGAGGUGUUCUUCUAUGACUGGAGGAGGCCACGGAAGAACAUACCCUUCAAAACUGAGGGCAUUGUAGAAGUUGAUCUCGAGGUCAAUAGCCAAUAUUUGUUGCCUGUCGGAAACGCACAUGUAGACCUGUCAGCCGCGGGUGUCUUUAAGCGUGUCCGUUCUCAUAUGGGCGACAGGGCCGAGUCGCUUCUACAAGGCAGAGUCCGCGCCAUGAAUGUUUGGACGCCUACUUGUAGUUGGCCAGUGAGAGACAGACCGCUGGCGUUGUGUGAUGGGACUUUUGUAAAGGACACCAAUCUUUUGCCUACCGAUCACAUCAAAAAAGGUUACAUCGAGCAGACCAGUAACUUGAUGUACCGCUCUGGCUUUCGUUGGUACUAUUUGAGUGGUCAGAGAAAGGAUGAAUGUCUCAUCUUCAAAAUGUGAGAUCGUCUGGAAGAUGUCAAAGC